AUGUGGUUCUAUCGGGGCGCGCAGUCCGCCGUCUUUUACUAUGCCACCUGCACGCCAUGUGCUAUGAGUGUUGACCGUCGGAAGCGGAAGAAGGACGCAGCUCGAGUCAAGCGUGAAAAACAACUGGAAUCACAAGUUAUCUGCGAUCAACCCCGGCCAUUCCCACAACCAACCGCAUUUAGCACAAACGAAGGAUGGCGCCAGGAAAUUGCCCUCGGUCCAGGACCUCCAACUCGCCGGGGAGGUAAUCGUAGUCAUCAAAGGACUAACAGCUGGAAAUCCGAUGAUAUGCUGAAUACAAAAGAAGAGAAGAGCUCGAAGCACUCUUUCGCCGGGAUGCGGUAUCAGCGUGAAGAUGAAAUACUCUGGGGCCAAGAAGUAGCAGGAUCUUCGAUUGGCUUCUCAGGACGUGGUCGUACAGAUAAGUAUGAACAGUCAAAAUACUAUGCUCCCAAUGUGCCUCCCGUCCAAGAUCCGACUCCGCCUAUUCUAUGUGGACCCCGCAGCCGAGCCGAAACCCGAUGGAUGCUUCAACCUCCCCCUAGCGCCAAAGUAAUGGCCGGAAAAGAGGAAUCCGUCUUCUCACCUGUUGAUAACGUUGGUGGUUUCUUUCCAGAACCACGUAACGUCCAAGCCAAUCACCGCCGGGAUGAGAAAUCCCUGGCACAAAUCACCCAUGAUAUAAGUAAUGGAAAUCUCAACGAUGAAUCUAUUGAACAUCAAUUACCUCGUCCACCAUCUAAUACUCACGAGCGUAAACGAUCUGGAAGCUUUGGUCAUGAAGAUUUGGAUCUACAUCGAUUUUCUCAAUCAGAUUCAAUGUUCUCCAUGCCCAACACUGAUGACCAGUCCUUCAGCGCCUCGUGGAAAUAUCCUCCCGAUACACCUACAACACGACCAGUUUCUAAAGAAACCCAAUAUGAAAGGGGCCUCGGGCGUCAACAUAUGGCUCAAGCUCUGUCUAUUGCAGCCAAAAACAGCAAGAACAAUGUCCACCUAUUACACCUAGAAAUCAACGAUGAUAUCGACGAUGAUCUCAGCCUCGGCGAGCUAGAACGUGUACGACCGUGGCGCUGGAGUAUGGACAUUUAG